ACUCUGGGAACCUGGACUGCCUGGAACGCGCAUUGAAACCUCACGUUCCAAGGCUAGCCGGAUCCGUUUGGGGGGAGGGGGCGUUAGGGGGAGGCGCCGUGACGUAGCACGUAUUUACGCUGCCAACUCUGCCCGCAGCCGGGGCUGUCCGUCGAGCCACAGUUGAGCACCAGCCAGCCAGCCGGUCGGUCGUACCUCAGUAGGCGUUCGUCAGCGCGCGACUUUCUCCCAGCUUUCACUCGCGUUGAGCCGCGUACGGACGCAGUUCUCUCUCAGCGCCGAUCCAGCACACACAGUCAAGAUGGCUAUGACGGACGGUUGUAGUAAUUGUCUCAAAUACACCUUCGGGUUUGUGAACCUGGUGAUUCUCAUCUGUGGCGGCGUGCUGCUAGGCGUGGGUAUCACAGCGCUGGUAGGCGACAGUGCCCAGCUGAACGAACUGUUGGACACCAACCUGUACACGGGAGUGGCCAUCGUCAUCACAGUGGCCGGCGGCCUGAUCGUGCUUAUCAGCUUCCUCGGCUGCUGCGGAGCCUUCCAGGAGAGCAAAUGUCUACUCGGCACUUUCUUCUGCCUGGUGCUCAUUCUGUUUAUCGUGGUCGGAGCUGGAGCAAUUGCCGGCUUCGUGAUGGGAAGCGACUCGAUCCUGGAGCAAAUUAAAACUGGUCUGCAAAAGUCAAUGAACGAUUACAACGAGAAGGACUCCGUCCAGCAGUCCUGGAACUUCCUGCAGGAGAACUUUGAGUGCUGCGGCGUGGACGGACCGUCCGACUGGGCGCGCGUGCUGGGGCCCAACAACGUGCCUCGCUCCUGCUGUAUCAAGGACAGCGAGGGUAACCCGGGCGCCUGCGGCGCCGACAGCAACUCGUAUGACGACGGCUGCGUCGAAAAGCUCGAGGACUUCGUCAAGGGCAACAGCAAGCUGUUCGGCGCGAUCGCGAUCGCCGUGGCGGUCUUCCUGCUACUGUCAAUGAUCGUGGCGUGCGUGAUCAUGAAGUCAAUCUUCUAGACUGUUUUAAAAGUUACUUUCCAGUGGGCGAUGGAAUGAGCAAGUGAACUGUUGAAAGCGAUGGUGCCUUCUGAAAGUGGUUUGCUAGUGCAAGCGGUGGCUCCAGACAAUAGCCUGUCUGAGACAAUUAACCGGUGCUAUGCGUGCCUUACUUCUCCAAUUCCCGCAUUCUUUUAUGACAUAUUUUUUAUGUCAUCUGAUCUGAUAAAGAUCUGAAAAGAUGCCGAAGGUUACCUGAUAGAUUUUCGCUAGAAAAUUCAGCCUGGCGGUAAUGAAACUUUUUUCAGAGUUGAAGGGCGCAGAAUACAACAUUGGGAUUACCGUUUCGACAAAUAGAGACGUCUGGCUCAGGGAUAAAACUUUUAUGCCCAUAGCCCAGACAUCCUGAUCGCAGUGCAGGCAUGAUAAUCUCAAUGUUGGAUCUGAGUGCCCUGGGACAGUGUGUGAGUUUUGAUUAGCACUCGGUACACAGGGGAGAGAGAGUGCUUUUCCCAUCGAUCGCCUUUACAAUAUUGUACAUUUUUGUCGUUUAGGAAGUGCUAUAUAGUGUUGUGUAUUUCUAGUGUGUAUCUUCCACUGAAAAUACCACAUUGGUGAUAUUUGGUUCAAAUUCGACAUGCAAAUCUGUAUCACUAUAUUUUUAAGUGCAGUAGAAAAGCUGUGCCCUGGAUCUGAAGCUAACGUCAUCACUUUAUCUUUAUGCACAUUGAUAUAUCACAACAAAUGUCCGCAUGUCAUGAAUGCGCAAGUUGUGAUUGGUGUGUUUGAUUGCAUAUAUUCACUAUGUCUACAUAAUUGCAGGACAUGAAUGUAUGCACAUACCGAUGUGAUUUGUGUCAAUAAAUAAGGAUGCUCCUAAUAUAGUUUUAGGGCUUCUUAUAUGGA